UUAUUUUCCCCCUUGCUCUCCUGUGCACCAGACACCAGAGGGAGUCGCAACAGAAUUGUCUCCCCCCUUCCUCGCAGUACUUUUUUUCGGACCCACUCCUGUGUUGUUGUUUUCGUGCCUGGGGGAAGCACCAUGCCGGUGGUCGGCGUCGCCUCCAAGCUCAGGCAACCCUCUGCGGUGGGCAGCAAGCCGGUGCAUACCGCGCUCCCCAUCCCUAGCGCGGUCAGGGCGGCCGCCUCGCAGGGCUACGUGGCCCGGCAGCAGGAGCUCGGGGCGGGCGAGGGCGCCCCGGGGCUCUCCUGCCAGCUGUCCAUCAAGUCUGGGUACCAGAGGACACCUGAGGGGAGGUCCAGAGCCGAGACGGAGGAGAGCAAGAUCUGCAAGAUUUACACGGACUGGGCCAACCACUACCUGGCCAGGUCCGGCUGUCAGCGCCUCAUUAAGGACCUGAGCCAGGACGUCACCGAUGGAGUCCUGCUGGCACAGAUCAUCCAGAUCAUAGCGAAUGAGAAGGUGGAGGAUAUCAAUGGCAGCCCCAGGAGCCAGUCGCAAAUGAUCGAGAAUGUGGACGCCUGCCUCAGUUUCCUGGACGCCAGAGGAGUGAAUGUGCAAGGGCUCUCGGCAGAAGAGAUCAGGAAUGGCAACCUGAAGAGCAUCCUGGGCCUCUUCUUCAUCCUGUCGCGCUACAAGCAGCAGCAGCAGCAGCAGCAGCAGUACUACCAGUCCCUGGUGGAGCUCAGCCAGCAGAGCAGCAGCACCGCGCCGUCCGCCGGCGGCCACAAGACGCAGGAGAUGCAGUCCAGUCUCACAGCGCGAUAUGCAAGUCCUCCGGGCCACAGUGGACUAGGGUCCCCACAGAAGAAAAACACAAGGUUGCCAGGCCCCUCCAGAGCACCUGCUGCAGGCAGCGGGGCCUCCAGGAGCCCGGGCUCGUCCAACCUCAACCGCCGCAGCCAGAGCUUCAACAGCAUCGACAAGAGCAAGCCUCUGCAGUAUGCCAGCGGCAACGACCGAGAAGCGGUGAGGGGUAUCCCAGUAGCUGACGGGAUGAAUGGGAGCGGUAUUGGUGGGACGGUCCCCACCAGCCUCAGCGGGCAGCAGCUGGCCUCUGCCAUCCCCUCACCCAACACCGGCAAGUCCUGGCGUAGCAAGUCCAUGAACCUCAAGCACAGCGCCACUUCGUCCAUGCUGGCAAGCCCCACACACACCCCCAACCUUUCACCCCAGGCCUCUGAAGGCCUUCAGCCGCACGGAGGCGAUGGCUCAAGAGUAGGGUCGGCUGGCGGUGGCGGACCCCAGAGGUCCAUGCUGGAGAAGUUCCGCCUGAUCAACCCUAGGUCGGCUUCGCGAGGGUCUCCGUCGGUGGCGGAAAUGGCUCUGCAGGAGGAGGACGACAUGUCGGAGUAUGGUGAGGAGGGACUGACGCCCACGGGGUUGGUGUGCAGCAGCGGCAGUAGCAGCGCUAAGGCCAAGCAGUCUACCAAGACCACCGCACCGUCCCUCGCUACACCAAGCAAGACCUCCUCUUCUUCCAACUCCUCCUCUUCAUUGUCAAAAGUGUCUGCCAACAGCAGCAGGUCCAAAGAUAAGGAGGACAAAAGCAGAUCUGGUAAAUCCUCUAAGGACAGCUCUCCACCCAAAGAGGAGUGCGAGUCGUUUGCCGACCCCACCAAGAAGACUUCCAAAAUUGCCAGCUUCAUCCCUAAGGGAGGGAAGCCAUCGUCUGGAAAGAAAGACGCCGGCGCCUCCUCGGCUACCAGUGGCAUCCCCAAGUCGGGACUCAAAGCUCCCUCCACCCCGACGUCUAAGCCUCGUAGCCAGAGCCAGGCCGCCUUGAACAGCAGCGGCAACAUGCGCGGUGGAGAGGGGGACCGAGUCAAGCUGACAAAAGGAGGGCAGGGAGGGAGUUUCUACAUAGAGCGCCCCAGUGGGGGCCCAGAGGGGAAAAGGACCAGCAUGACCUCCUCCACCAGCACCUCAGCCCUGUCUGGGUCCAGUGGGAUAAUAGGAGGGGGUUGUGGUGGAGGAGGAGGAGCUCUUGGAGGGAACGGAGUAGUUCAGCUUCCCCAGCAGCAGCAGCACAACCACCCCAAUACUGCCACUGUGGCCCCCUUCAUGUACAGGACUUUCUCAGAAAACGACUGCACCAUGGUGGCCCCAGCUGACCCCUGCCUCAGCCCCACCAAGGGAGAGCUGGUCUACAGCAAGACAGCCAAACAGUGCCUGGAGGAGAUAUCAGGAGAGGACCCUGAGACGAGACGAAUGAGGACGGUGAAGAACAUCGCCGACCUGCGGCAGAACCUUGAAGAAACCAUGUCCAGUCUACGGGGGACACAGAUCAGCCACAGCACGCUAGAAACGACCUUCGACACCACGGUGACCACCGAGGUCAAUGGGCGGAGCCUACCAGCCCUCACCACACGCUCCUCCCCCAUGGCCUGGCGCCUGGGCCAAUCACAAACCCCGCGCCUCCAGGCAGGCGACGCCCCCUCAAUGCCCAGCAGCUAUGCUGCGCCCAGGGCGAGCACGACGAGCGCCGGCACCACCACCGGGCGCUACAGCGGGCACUCGGACCCCUCCAGGUUUGUGUACAGCGCCCCCCUGAGGCGACCGGCAGCAGGGGCGAGGGGGGCGGAGCAAGGGGAGAGGGCAGGAGGAGGAGGGCUGGAAGGAGGGAAGCAGAUGGAGAUGGCAGGGUACAUGAGUGAUGCGGACAUCCUAGGGAGGAACGGCCGGAUGGAUGAGAUCACCAGCGGAUACCUCACCGACGGCGGCCUCCAUCUGUAUGCGCGGACCGCAGGCCGAGCCUCCGACGCCGCCGCCACCGCCGCCGCCUCUUCUCGAGAAGCAUCCCAGAGAGGGAGCAAAGAGAUGCAGGGCGACAUCGACAGUUGGGACGACAGCAGCUCGGUGAGCAGCGGCCUGAGCGACACACUGGACAACAUCAGCACCGAUGAUCUGAACACGCCCGCCUGCUCCGCUGUCAGCUCAUCGCGCAAAAGCAAGGACGCGCAGUCCCAGAAAGGAAGCAGGUCCAAACAUGCAGAGCAGCAGGUGAGCAGCAGCUGGGCCGGAGCCGAGGACCUGAAGAAGGUGGAGGAGGAGCUGGACACGAGCAUGGACCCUGGCAGCGGCUCCUCCCGCUGGAAGGCCUCCUCGUCCUCCUCUUCUGCUCAAGCCCAGAGUCAGUACGAGGAGGCCGGUCAGAAGGCCGCCGCACUGGCCCAGAUGUCCCAGACGGGCUCGUGGAGGCGGGGCAUGACGGCCCAGGUUGGCAUCACGCCACCCAGGACCAAGGGUACCUCCGCUGGCCAUAAGACACCAGGCAAAACUGAUGACGCUAAAGCCUCGGAAAAGGGCAAGGCACCUUCCAAGAGUUCAGCUGCCAUCCAGCGCUCACCCUCUGAUGCCGGGAAGAGUAGCGGAGAUGAAGGUAAGAAGCCUCCCUCCGGCAUCGGACGCCCACCCACCACGGCCUCUUUUGGAUACAAGAAGAUCCCAGGUGCCAGCGGUACUCUAAUCACCUCCAGCGGGGCGACGCUCGCCAGCGGCUCAGCCACCCUGGGCAAGGCGCCCAAAUCCUCAGCUGCCCUCGGCAAAGGCACAGGCAUCGGCGGUGUGCGCAAGACCAGCUUGGACGGCUCACAGCCCCAGGAUGACGGCAUCCUGCUCAGCUGCAGCGGCUCCAAAGUGACUCUGCAGUACCGCUCUCUACCCAGACCGGCCAAAUCCUCCAGCGGAGGUGCAGCAGGGCGCGGCGGGCACCGCUCCAGUUCCAGCAGCAUCGACUCGAACGUGAGCGGCAAGUCGGCCGGAGGUGCGGCGGCAACACAAGCGGGCGCCAAGCGCAAGGACGGAAAAGUGGUCUCCGACCGCUCCAGUCCCAUCACCAUCAACCAGACGGACAAGGAGAAAGUGGCGGUGUCAGACCAGGACGCCGUAGCAGGACUAUCCACCUCGCCCAAGUCCAGCCCCACCUCAAGUUCAACUGGCCAAUCAGGCCUCAGACAGCCCGGCUCCAAGUACCCCGAUAUCGCUUCCCCUACGUUCCGCAGAUUGUUUGGCACCAAAGCCAGCAGCAAGGCCAGCUCUCCGGGCACUCCCGACUCUGGCAAGUGCCCCUCAAUACUGGGCAGCCCCCACGGCACGCUGGGGAGGCAGGCUAGUCUGGACUCGCCCUCCUCUGGCACGGGGAGCCUGGGCAGCGCUGGUGGCCAGAGCGGCGGCAGCAGCCCGCUGUACGGUAAAACCCCAGAUCUGUGCACCGACUCCCCGGCCUCCAGCCCGGCCUCUGGCCUCUCCCUGCCCUCCAACGCUCGGCCCUGGCCGGCCUGUAGCUCGUCAGCUGGCAGCAAGGACACACUGAGCUGCCAAAGCAUGACCAGUCUGCACACCAGCUCUGAGUCCAUUGAUCUCCCGCUGGGCCACCACGGGCCCAAGGUUACACGAACCGGCAGUGUCAAGUCCACCCUGUCUGAGGGCAUGCCUCUUGACAGAAACACGCUUCCCAAAAAGGGACUGAGGUACCCUCCGUCCUCCCGGCAGACGUCCCACGAGGAGGGGAAGGAGUGGUUGAGGUCACAUUCAACAGGGGGACUUCAGGACACAGGCAGCCAGUCCCCACUGUCUCCUCCAGGAGCUUCCUGCACGAACACUGGAAAAUAUCACUAUUCCAACCUGUUGAGCCCCACCAACAUCAGCCAGUAUAACCUGCCGCCAGGCAGCACCAGCAUGAGCCGCUCCAACAGCAUUCCGGCCCAUGACUCCUUUGACCUGUACGGGGAGGGCCAUCCACUGGGUGGCAGCGCAACCUCCCUGGAGGACCGCCCACGGGCCAUCAGCCGCUCCGGCUCCUUCAGGGACAGCACCGACGAAGUCCAUGGCUCGUCAUUGUCUCUGGUUUCCAGCACGUCUUCAUUGUACUCUGCGACGGAGGAGAAAGCACACUCGGAGGGCCAAACAGUCCAAAAUUCCACGCAAAUCAGAAAGCUGCGUCGGGAGCUGGACGCCUCACAGGAGAAGGUGGCGACCCUGACGUCUCAGCUGUCUGCCAACGCUCACCUGGUGGCGGCCUUUGAGAAGAGCCUGAGUAACAUGACCUGCCGCCUGCAGAGCCUCACCAUGACAGCCGAGCAAAAGGAGACUGAGUUGGUUGAGUUGAGGGAAACAAUAGAGGGGCUGAAGACCCAGAACACCGACGCGCAGACCGCCAUCCAGGUGGCGCUCAACGGCCCUGACCACCUGCACAAAGACCUGCGGAUUAGACGGCAGCACUCGUCAGAGAGCAUGUCCAGUAUCAACAGCGCAGCCAGUCACUCCAGCAUGGGCAGUCUGGGCAAGGAUGCCGAAGACAAAAAAAAGAAGAAGAAGAGCUGGGUGGCCGAUUCCAUCCCGGCUCAGUUGCGCAGCUCCUUUAAGCAGGCGUUCAGCAAGAAGAAAACCAAGUCCCAGUCGGCGCACGACGAGAUGGAGGAGAUGAUUGACUCGCUGCCGUCCUCGCCCAAACUGCAGCACGACAACAGGCAAGGCAGCAUCGCCACGCUGCAUUCUUCGCCCUCCACCACCGAGCUCUGCGAAUGCACCGAAGCCGAGGCAGAAACCAUCCUCCUGCUCAAGAACGAGCUGAGGGAGAAGGAGCUCAAACUGACAGACAUCCGCCUGGAGGCACUCAGCUCCGCCCACCACCUGGACCAGAUCCGAGAGGCCAUGAACCGCAUGCAGAACGAGAUCGAGGCGCUGAAAGCGGAGAACGAUCGCCUCAAGUCCAGCGGCAACGCCACGCCCACAGCCACGCCCCUCAAGAUGGCCCGGCCGCCCUCCGAGACCUCCAGCACGUCCUCGUCCUCCUCCCGCCAGUCCUUGGGGCUGUCGCUCAACAACCUCAACAUCACUGACACCAUCAUGUCAGAUAUUCUGCUGGAUGACGGCUACGAGGGCAAUCUGCGCAAAGAGGGCCGGAGUGUGCGAAUAGUGGUCACCAUCAGCGGCGGGCCAUAUACCACCAAGGGUACACAAGGCCAGGCGUACCUGAUUGGGUCUAUAGGCGUGAGUGGGAAAACCAAGUGGGACGUCCUGGAUGGGGUCAUCCGACGGCUCUUCAAGGAGUAUGUGUUUCGGGUGGACCCUCUGACCAGCCUGGGUCUCAGCUCCGACAGCAUCGUCUCCUACAGGAUAGGCGAGGUGGUUCGCUCCCACGCCUCCGAAGUGCCUGAGCUGCUGCCCUGCGGCUACCUGGUGGGCGACAACAACGUCAUCAAGGUCAACCUCAAAGGUGUGAAGGAGAACAGUAUAGACAGCCUGGUGUUUGACACGCUGAUCCCAAAGCCCAUCAUCCAGCGGUACCUCAACCUGCUGAUGGAGCAUCGUCGCAUCAUCCUCUCAGGACCCAGUGGCACCGGCAAAUCCUUCAUGGCCGCCAAGCUGGCCGAGUACAUCAUUUCCCAGAUGGGGCAGCCGGUGACCGAGCACAACGUGGCCAGCUUCAACGUGGACCAGAAUUCCAGCAAGGACCUGCGUCAGUAUCUGUCCAACCUGGCGGAGCAGUGCAGCUCCGAGGAGACGGACACAGAGCUCCCCACUGUGGUGAUCCUGGACAACCUCCACCAUAUUGGCUCCCUCAGUGACAUAUUCAACGGCUUCCUCAACUGCAAGUAUCACAGAUGCCCUUAUGUUAUCGGGACCAUGAACCAGGGAGUUUCCUCUUCUCCUAACCUUGAGCUACACCACAACUUCAGGUGGGUGCUGUGCACCAACCACACCGAGCCGGUCAAAGGCUUCCUGGGCCGUUUCCUGCGGCGGAAGCUGAUAGAGACGGAGAUCAAUAAGAACAUGCGCAGCAAUGACCUGAUUAAGAUCAUCGACUGGAUCCCAAAGACCUGGCAGCACCUCAACGGCUUCCUGGAGGCACACAGCUCCUCCGAUGUCACCAUAGGCCCCCGUCUCCUCCUGUCCUGUCCCAUGGACGUAGAAGGCUCUCGGGUUUGGUUCACUGAUCUGUGGAACUACUCUUUGGUGCCCUACCUGCUGGAGGCUGUCAGGGAAGGGCUGCAGCUGUAUGGCAAAAGAGCAGCGUGGGAGGAUCCAUCCAAGUGGGUGAACGACACGUUUCCAUGGAACGCCGCCUGUCUGCAGCAGGACAGCCAGUCGCUGCUCCAACUGAGGCCGGAGGACGUGGGCUACGACGGCUACAGCUCCUCCAAGGAGGGAGCCUCGUCCAAGCAGGUGUCCCAGAGUGACACCGAGGGAGACCCACUGAUGAACAUGUUGCUGCGGCUGCAGGAGGCAGCCAACUACUCCAGCACGCAGAGCUGCGACAGCGACAGCACCAGUCACCAUGACGACCAGCUGGACUCCUCGCUGGAGUCGGCGCUAUGAGACCCCGAAACGAGCUGGCAGACACCGGAGCCCCCGAACCCCGAGGGGAAACUUUAAACCUCCGAUAGUGCACAAAUGUAGGAUGUAUGAAAAGUUUUAUUAUCCAAAAUGGUAUACCUGCCAUUUGAAAGAAAAACACAUAUUUUUACAUUACAAUGGUGCAAUAUUAAAAUCAAAUUAUUAUAUGUUUUGAAGAGCAGCAGCCAACUUAAACAAUCAUGCAAGUUGGAUCCAUAUAUAUUUUAAUCACAUCAGAUAGGCAGGUUAAUGGAUGUAUAACAUUUUAGAAUACAACUUUUCAUAUGUGUGUUGGAAAGACAGGUCUGACAAGGGACAGUAGUUCCUCUGAAGUUGACUUUCUAGGAGUAAAUCACAUUUGUGUUCAGCCAUGACGAACCACAGAUCGCAGACCUGUCAGAAAAAAAGAGUUUAAACUGGAUUUUUCUUUUUUUUAU